AUGGCAAAGUUGGAUAAAACAACCCAAAUGGCCUCCCAACAGGGGGCGAUGUUCUGUACUGCUGAAGCUUCGGGCCAAGCCCCAGUCUUUUUCAACCCUUCAAGUGCCAAAACCGAAACUAUAGAUGAAGAUGCGGCUCCAGGGCAAACUGUAUUUGUUGUCAUAGCAACGGACAAUGAAGGAAACACUCUUACAUAUUCCAUACAUACUCAAACUCCGAGCACUCCAAGUUUUCCAUUUGACAGCGCCACCGGAGAGCUAACUUCCCCUUCGGGUCUUGAUGCGGAGACAACAACAACCUUCACUUUUGAAUUCAGCGUUACGGAUGGGACAUCAACAGUAACCAGCCCAAUAUUAACGGUAGAUAUAGAGGAUGUCAACGAAUCUCCCCCAGGUUUCAACGAGACUUCAUACACUGCAACAAUAUACGACACUGUAACAAAUGGUGCACUUGCACUGACUGUAUUUGCAUCGGACCCAGAUGUUACGGCUUCUCUUACAUAUUCUAUAACAGUCGGAGACACAACAACAUUUUCUAUCGGCACAUCAUCUGGUGAUAUUACUGUUACUACUGCAAGUAAUCUUGAUCCAUCAACAACACCCUCAUAUAGUUUAACAGUUCAAGUUUCAGAUGGUAGUUUUACAGACACAGUAUCAGUUACUGUAACAGUUAUAGAUGACCCGUGUUUUCCUAACCUUUGUCAGAAUUCUGGCACGUGCAGCCAGUCCGGAAGUUCAUAUACCUGUACCUGUCAGUCGGGCUGGAUAGAUUCAAACUGCUCAACAGCCGAUUUAUGUGCAAGCACUCCAUGUGCAAACGGCGCCACAUGCAAUUUAGAAUUGACCGGAUUGUCAUACAAUUGUUCAUGUGCUGUCGGGUGGAUGGGAACACUAUGUGAUAUAGUUGACCAUUGUUCACCUUCUCCGUGUGAAAAUUCAGGAUCAUGUAUCAUUAGCAGCUCAUCUUACUCAUGUUCAUGUACCACUGGCUGGAUUGGUGACAAUUGUACACUUGAUGAUCCAUGUUUGCCCAAUCCCUGUGAGAACUCAGGCACGUGUACCCAGUCUGGAACGACGUAUCAGUGCCAGUGCCCUUCAGAAUAUUCCGGAACAAAUUGUACCUUUAUAAUUGAAGAAGAAAAAGUAAGUUCUGGUUUAUCUCCUGGUGAAAUAGUUGGAAUCUGUGUGGCAAUAUGCUUGAUUUUUGUUUUUGGUGCAGCCAUAUUUAUCUAUAUUAAAUGGAGUAUGAAUGCAAAGAAGAGACGGAUAGAAAUAAAGAAUGAUUUUUCAAAGUCUGAACAUUUCAAGACACAAAGAACGCAAUCUUCACUAAGGAGCAAUGCCGUAACGCUGUUAAGUUUUGAGAAAAUUGCCGUUGAGACAGAAACAGUGAAUCAGAAAAGUAUAGAAAAUAGUGACGGGAAAGAAAUCGAAAAACUAGAGCAUACACUCAAUGGGAAAGUGAAUAGAUAUGAAACACUUGAUUAUAGUACACCUGGUGGGAAAGGAAUGAAUUAGAAAAUAUGAGUAGUUUACCUAAUAAGAAAGUAAACGGAUGAGAAAAGAAGGGACAAUAUACUUUACUUUUAAAUGAAUAAAUAUGCAUGCGAAAAGGAGGGUAAUAGUCAGACAAACACUGACGUGAUAUAUACAUUUAUUGUAUUCAGAAUACUACCAAAAAGCAGUACAAUGCAUUUCAUGCCGAUUUGUCUUUGAAUAAGUAUGAGCUGUUGUAUGUUCGAGAAAGAUUGAUACUCAUUUGUUUAUUAGAAACUCUUUUUCGGGGAAUCAUUUAGACCAGAAUAAUUGUACCUGAUUUUGGUACUAAUAGUAUCAUUUCCAGUCGUCUGAUGAUUGGAUAAAAAGUUCAUGUAGAUUAUAGUUAAGUUUUUGUUGUCAUUGAGUUUUAGCAAUAUCUUAUUUCCUCAGAUAUUGCUUUUAACAUUGGAUCAUUUAUGCCAAUUAAAAAAACCUAAUGUGGAAUAAAUAAUUUACUUUCAGAAUAACAAAAUGCUAUUAUAGAAAAUACUGAGAGACUUUAAAACAACAUUAAAACUGUUCUGCACAUUAAAACAUUUUAUUUUAACAAUGAUUAUUUUCAAGGAUAGUUAUACUUAUAAUUAUUGUUUUAUAUCAAUGCCAUAAUAAAAUAUGCAGUCAAAUAGAUUAGACUGAAACAAAGAAUAAAAUCAAACUUUGAUUUAGCAGUUCUUAUUUUCCUAGAAUUUUAGCAAAAUAUUAAAUUAAAGAAGACAUCUGUUUGAUGUUUGUGAUGUUCGUCUGGGGACAUGCCCCUUUUGACUGGUAUAUUAUGACACAAAUUUUGUAGAAUGUUGCGAUAUAUUAUUUGUGUUAUUGUAAAUUUGCUUUCAAAAUAUAAGUUUAACUGAAAUGGAUAAGUCUCAAUAAAUGUAAAGAGUUUGAAACUGUUUUGACAUUAAAUUUGAGGCAGACAAUUUUCAAAUGAGAGAGAAAUUUAAGUCACAUUUGUCACCCUCAAAUUUGUACUGAGAUAUUUUAAUUAUUUCAUUGCAUGUUGGUUUACAUACAAUUUGAUAUGAUGCACACUUUUCUCUGUGUUAAAAGUUGUUGUGCCAUGUUAAGAUACGUUCGUUGAAAUUGCUUUUUAUAGAAUACUUUUGAAGAAUGUGUGAUGUCCUGUUAUAUCUCUAUAACUAGUACAUGUUAUGCAAUUAAAGUCAUUUUAUAUACAUAUUCUAAGGUUAUAAAUUAUUUCUGUUUGCUUUGUUAUAAAUGUUGUUAAUCUUAAAAUCUAUUUAUAGCUUAAAUUUAUAGCUACUGUUUUCCUUGUUGUAAAUUUGAGAAAAUAAAUACCUUUUAUAGGA